AUGACUUUGGUUACGUACGAUAAUCAGAUGGCAAAUUUUUCGAUCCUUGUGACUAUCAUGAUUUUCCUGAUAUGUGGUAACUCCCAUUCAUUACCUAUAUUGACAGAACGAGGUGACUUGUCGGAUGAGAAAUUCUCAUUACCGUUAAUGCAAAAUUUCUCCGGAGAUGCAACUUUUUAUAAUGUAGGACUGGGAGCAUGUGGGAAAUUCAAUAGCAACGAUCAGCUGGUAGCUGCCAUUUCACAUGAGUUAUACGACUCAUUCCUUCCGCCCGAUAAAAACCCUAAUAAUGACAAAUGUUGCGGACGACGAGCAGAAGUGACUCGUGGUAAGAGUUCGGUGAGGGUCUUCAUCGUAGAUCGAUGUGGGAGUUGUGAUUUUGGAAGUAUAGGUGCGUGCGUGAAUCGAGUUAUAGUAAAACAGUUACAAUCGUGCUUUCUUUAUGAUUUCUGCUUGAAUCAUCCAAGUCUACAAAUUUUAUAUGAAAAAUUUAACCAACAGAUCUCUCUCCGGCUGCCUUCAACUGCAUCGCGCGCCCUGAAGAAGGCAUUGUUCCCGUGA